GCCAGAUUCACUUAUUUUUGAGACCAUUUCCCCGUUCACCCCCCAACUGAUCAGAGACAUUGGCGUGACCCACGGGGAGGAAUCCCAGGUUGGAUACUACUAUGGCAUACUGUCAACUAUCUGAUCGCAUUGGGCGGAAGCCCUUGAUACUGACUGCUUUAUUCACGAUAGCGGUCACGAUGUUGUCGUUUGGGCUGUCAAGAUCUUUUCUCGGUCUGCUGGUCAGUCGUGUUAUCUGCGGGGCAUUCAAUGGUCAAUAUAGUGUCACCAAAAGCAUGGUGAUGGACAUUACUGAUGCCACCAAUUUGGCGAAUGCGUAUGGAUAUAUGCCACUCCCAUGGAUGUCAGCAGCUGUGAUUGGAGGAUUUGCUGGAGGAUCGCUCUCCCGACCAGCAGACAGAUUCCCCGAGAUCUUUGGGCAGUCAGAACUCCUGAAAACUUACCCAUAUCUCUUGUCAUGCGCUGUUCCAGCAUUUUUUGCCUCGACGGCUUGGCUACUUACGUGUUUCUAUCUCAAAGAGCGUUUCUACCAGGGCACCUCCUUGGGAGCUGAUCAGAGAAUGGCUCUCGGGACAAUCAUAUACAAAGCCUUCCAUGCCAUCGAGGAGCAAUGGUCUGACCAGUUCCGGGGAAGCAAACUCCGAAGAAGUCCCAUCAAAGCUGGUUCCAAUGCGUGCCUUGCUGACUCCAAAGGUCCUGCUCAUAACAGCAAGCUAUGGCACCAUGGCACUGUUAUACAACGCACUUAACUCGAUUCUACUUCUUUUCUAUGCGACGCCGAUUGAACUCGGUGGUCUUUCCCUUGACCCUCCCCGCAUUGGCGCUAUAUUUGCGACAUCAGCUUUCUCCCAUGGGAUUUUCCAGCUACUUUUCUACACUCGCUUAUAUGAUCGCUUUGAUG